UAAUAAAGAAGGGAGGAGGAGAAAGAAGGAAUACACAACAAAAGACUCCCCAUCCCAUGUACCCAGAUUCCUCUUAACAGGGUCAGUGCUUUCUUCUCCCAAGCUUCAUCCAAAGUGACAAAUUAUGCAAAGCUUCUAAAGAUCGACUUGAACGUCGCUGAAAAAGGUGCAAGAAGAAGUGUUGAUAGAGUAAGAGAGGUCAAAGGGUUGAGGAAUGAAUAGAGGUGUGUUUCAGAGCUCUCUAGUGCAGCAGAUGAUGGGGGAGAGCCCUAGCUGGUGCGGCAUGAAUAAUAUGAGGCCAACUCCGGAACAGAUUUCUCCUCUCCUACCCUCUGCUUCCUCCUCCUCUUCUUCUUCAGUCUUUCCUCAGUACCCACAGCCUUCAAAUUUCCUUCCCAUGACCUCUUGGCAUGAAAACCAAGACCUACCAGAGUCAUGGAGCCAACUAUUACUGGGAGGGCUGGUGGGGGAAGAGGAAAGAUGCAGCUUCACUCCUUUCCAAGCUAAAAAAAUAGAUAAUUGGGAUGAUCAGGUGGUGUACCCAUCAGCAAGUGCACAUAUGGUUGAUGUAAAGCAAGAGGGUUCUGAAGGCGGAUAUGUCUAUAGCCAUGGAAAUGGAGAGAUCCGGUCUUCUAGGUCACCAUGGGGUCAAAUCCUACCGGUUUCCUCUCAGAGAUCUUGUGUUACAACUAGUUUCAGCAGCAACAUGUUAAACUUCUCAAACAACAAGGGAGAGAGAAGGCAUCACCAACCAGAUCAGUCAUCUGAGUGCAACAGCACAGCAACCGGUGCAGCUUUCAAGAAGGCUAGGGUUCAAGGCCCCUCCUCAGCACAAUCUACUUUCAAGGUGAGGAAGGAGAAGUUAGGGGACAGAAUAACAGCUCUUCACCAGCUAGUUUCCCCAUUUGGAAAGACUGACACUGCGUCUGUAUUGCUGGAAGCCAUUGGCUACAUCAGAUUCCUUCAGAGUCAAAUUGAGGCUCUAAGUUCCCCGUACUUGGGCAGUGGAUCAGGAAACGUGAGGCAACCUGUACAAGGAGAAAGGAAUUGUAUAUUUCCAGAAGACCCUGGCCAGUUGUUAAAUGACAAUUGCACCAAGAAAAGAGGACCACCUGAUCAGGAUGCCAGUGAUGAGCCAAAGAAGGAUUUGAGGAGUAGAGGGCUGUGCCUCGUCCCAGUAUCCUGCACCUUGCAUGUUGGGAGUGACAACGGAGCUGAUUACUGGGCUCCAUCUCUUGGUGGGGUUUUUCGAUAGGAACAACAAGUUCUUGGCACACAUGAAGCUUUAUCCAUGGACAUAAUAUCAUGAGCAGUCACUCUGCUAAAACUGAAAGGCUGAUUGCUCAUGAUGCUAUGCACUAUUCUGUUGUGGGAAAGCAAGUGUUUGUGCUGAGAAAUCAGGAUGGUGAGGCCUUUAUAUCUUCAUGAUUUAAAGGGACAUGCUUCUUUAGAACUCUACCAUGAAACUGAUGUAUAUUCAAUUCCAGUGUUAUCAGCACUCCACUUAAUUAAAUGCUA